AAUGGCGAAAAGAGGGGAUCCAAAGACACUUGUACUGAACAAUUUCGAGGAAUUGAAAUUUGUAGACAACAUCUUCUGCCCAUAGCGUGGACAAUUACGAUUAUUUCGAUUCCAUCCUUUUGCAAAGUACAAAUGUACGUUCCUAACAGAUAUAUGGUUUCAAAAUUGGUGUGUUCUGUUCCAGUUUAAUAGAUGGAUGUUAACCAAUAAUAACAGUUACUUAAGCAAUAUAAAGAACGUUGUAAGAUCAAACAACCACAUAUAUUCUAUACGAUUGAAAGUGAAAGCCAAAAAACAAUGAAACCCGGGUAAUUUGGAUAGUCAGAAGUAUUUUAGAUUUUUGUUUUUUUUGAAUAUGGUCAAUUAACUUUGCAUGAAUUAACUGAAAGAAGAUAAGCCAAACGAUAUUUGAUACCUGAACCAGAAGUUUGGUGUCUUAUUAAAGGAGUAAUGUAAGCUAUGCAUUUCUUUUAAAAUAAUAAUAUUCCUCAUGGAAUGAUUACUACUAAGACAAUCUAUUUUGAUGAGGAGUAUCUUCUAUAUAGAGUUUAUGAUUAAGAAUUAAUUGGUGGUAGAUGGGGCAAUUUCAUUAAAUAUUAGUAAACGAAAGAUCCUGAAAUUUAAGUAUUUUUGGCUCCAGAAACCAAACCAUUUAUUAAUUCAGAAGCUAGUCUAUUAGAAACAGCAUAAAUUAACCCAUUUAAAGUAGAUGUAUUUGCUUUUGGGUAAUUAUAAUAUAUUAUAUAGAAUUGUACUUCUUUAAUGUCUUACAUUGUUUUAAGCUUUCGAAAAUCCUUUGAAAUGGUUAGAUUAAUUCUACUCCAAGAAUUUAAUGACCUUCAUUACUUAAUGCAUUUAACCUGAUCCCAAUAAACGUUAAGAUUGGAUUGGACUAUAUCAAUUACCUCUAGAGCCAAGCCAAGAUCAAAAAAUAAAUGAACGAAAUUCUUUGAUUCAAUCUCAUUUUGAGAAUAGGGGCUAAAAAACAUUUAGAUGAA